CAGAAUUUCUUGGGCUAGUUGAGAACUGCCUGACCCUUUGCAAUUUUGUCAAGAAGAGGCAAGAGCCCCUGGACAUGGGCUAGUUGCUUAGGCUGGGUAUGUCUGGGCAGAUGAGGGGGCAACCGGAAAGGUGGCACUGCAGUUGGAUCUCUGGAGCUGAAGCUGCUGCCGCUGCCGUUCCUAGGAGACGCCAAGCAGCAAGCCCGCGGGGGAGGGGGAGCAAGUGGGUUGCUGCUUUUAGCUGCUGAAAGGGCUGCAGGGAGCUCUGGGUAAGACAUUUUCUGCCUCCGCUGCUUCUGCUUCUGUUUCUGCGGUAGAAGCUGCCACUAGUAAGUCAAAGGAAGGAGGACUGAGAGGGAGGAGGCUUCAUUUGCAGCCAUGCUGAAUCACUGCUGUUGAUCAGAACUCCAGCUAGUUGGCUGGGAGAACUGAGAGCAGAAAAGGGAGCUAGGAUCCCGGGGUGCAUGCACAGUUCAACGGUUGCCAUCCGGGCCGGGCCUCGCACAAUGGAGGGUGAAAGCAUCAAGCCGAAGUCUCAACCCCCAAUACAGGCUGGGGAUGAUGAAAAGAACCAGAGGACAAUCACUGUCAACCCUGCCCACAUGGGGAAGGCGUUCAAGGUUAUGAAUGAACUGCGGAGGUACUUUUCCUAUUUUGCCUGUGCCCUUUCGGAAGAAACUUGCUGGUAAGCAGCUGUUGUGCGAUGUGAUGAUUGUGGCAGAAGAUGUUGAGAUAGAGGCCCACCGUGUGGUCCUGGCAGCCUGCAGCCCUUACUUCUGUGCGAUGUUUACAGGUGACAUGUCUGAGAGUAAAGCCAAGAAGAUCGAAAUCAAGGAUGUGGAUGGGCAGACACUGAGUAAGCUGAUUGACUACAUCUAUACUGCUGAAAUUGAGGUUACCGAAGAGAAUGUCCAGGUGCUACUCCCUGCAGCCAGCUUGCUACAGCUCAUGGAUGUUCGGCAGAACUGCUGUGACUUCCUGCAGUCUCAGUUGCAUCCCACUAACUGCCUGGGUAUCCGAGCUUUUGCAGAUGUGCAUACCUGCACCGACCUUCUACAGCAGGCCAACGCUUAUGCCGAGCAGCACUUUCCAGAGGUGAUGCUGGGGGAAGAAUUUCUUAGCCUAAGUCUGGACCAGGUGUGCAGUUUGAUAUCCAGUGACAAGCUGACUGUUUCUUCAGAAGAGAAGGUCUUUGAAGCUGUGAUUUCAUGGAUCAAUUAUGAGAAAGAGACUCGUUUAGAGCACAUGGCAAAGCUAAUGGAACAUGUCCGACUCCCUCUCCUACCUAGGGAUUACCUAGUACAGACAGUUGAAGAAGAAGCUUUGAUAAAGAAUAAUAACACCUGUAAGGACUUCCUCAUCGAGGCUAUGAAAUACCAUCUGCUCCCUCUGGAUCAGAGGCUCUUGAUAAAGAACCCAAGGACCAAGCCCAGGACUCCAGUGAGCCUGCCAAAGGUCAUGAUUGUGGUGGGAGGCCAGGCACCCAAGGCUAUACGCAGUGUGGAGUGUUAUGAUUUUGAAGAGGACCGGUGGGACCAAAUCGCUGAACUUCCCUCCAGGAGAUGCAGAGCAGGUGUGGUAUUCAUGGCUGGCCAUGUAUAUGCUGUGGGUGGGUUUAAUGGCUCUCUGCGAGUGCGGACAGUGGACGUGUAUGACGGUGUGAAGGACCAGUGGACAUCCAUAGCCAGCAUGCAGGAGCGUCGGAGCACACUGGGUGCAGCUGUACUUAACGACCUGCUCUAUGCUGUGGGAGGAUUUGAUGGCAGCACUGGCCUAGCGUCAGUGGAAGCCUACAGCUACAAGACCAAUGAGUGGUUUUUUGUGGCCCCAAUGAACACACGGAGGAGCAGUGUGGGUGUAGGCGUCGUGGAGGGAAAGCUAUAUGCUGUCGGAGGUUAUGAUGGAGCUUCCCGCCAGUGCCUGAGCACCGUGGAGCAGUAUAACCCAGCAACCAACGAGUGGACGUAUGUGGCAGACAUGAGCACUCGCCGUAGUGGUGCAGGGGUUGGGGUCCUCAGUGGACAGCUGUAUGCCACUGGUGGGCAUGAUGGGCCCUUGGUGAGAAAGAGUGUUGAAGUGUAUGAUCCUGGAACAAAUACCUGGAAGCAGGUAGCAGACAUGAAUAUGUGUCGGCGCAAUGCAGGGGUCUGUGCCGUGAAUGGGCUCCUAUAUGUGGUUGGAGGAGAUGAUGGAUCCUGCAACUUGGCUUCAGUGGAGUACUAUAAUCCUGUCACUGACAAAUGGACACUGUUGCCCACCAACAUGAGCACGGGGCGCAGCUAUGCAGGUGUUGCUGUGAUUCACAAACCCUUGUGACCCCAACUCCCACUGCCAGGAGGUGGAGGAAGGCAGGGUGCUUCCUGUGACUCAGAACAGCUGGACCCUGAAGCUGGAUGCUCCUCAUUGUGAGACUGUGCACUUUGUAGUGGAGCAAGAACUACCCUCCUGGACUCAGCUGAGUGGCAUCCUGGACCAGGACUAUUGACCUAUCCUAUCUCCUGCUUUCUUUGCUACCAGAGGUGUUUUGGCCUCUGCCCUGAGCAGUGGGCUCCUGAUAGCUCUGGGGAGUACUGUUUUUAAAAUUGUGUGUGUGUGCAUGUGUGUGUUUCUGCAGGGACAACAGAUAACCUGGACUGUGUGUGACAGUGAGUAUGUGUGUAUGUUUAUAUGUGUGUUUGUUCAUGGUAUUUCACAAAAUUGGGGGAGGGUGUGACAGCCUACUGGAUUUAUUUACUACUGAUCUUUCUGCUAUUACUAAAAUCAAAUCAAAGAAACCUCUCUUUUGGAUUUGCCCUGAGGGGCCCCUGAGACUACUAAAGCUGCUGUUUUCUGGCUGUCUAGUUGGACAGGAAAUGUCAAAAAAUAGCCCACGAGAGAGGUAGUUCUCUUACCAUGCCCACACUCUGGCCUUAACUACUGGCAGAGGCACUGGGUGUUCGGGCAGCUCCACUGUGUCCUCUGUGUGCUAAAACUAGGAACCAUCAGGUCUCCCAGCCUCCUUGGGCAUCUUUUUUGGGUUCUCCUCCAGGAAGCAGAUGAACUGCUCUGUCUUUGGCCUACCGGCCUUUGAUGUCAUGUAAUUCUAAGUUUGGGAGAUUUUUGCUUCUUCAGUUGGGAAAAAUAGCUCUACAGAGAAGCCCUAAGCAACUCAUUAGAGAAAAGAAAAGACAUAUAUAUAGAACAAAACCAAAACCAACCAAAGUGGUAAGGAUUUAGUCUUUGCCUAUAAUGGUCUCAGAGAGGAUCCUACUUCUGUGUUCUCCUGAAAUAGGAGAGUCCCUUUCAUGGUUAUUUUAUAGGCUUAUUUAACUCACAACAUCCCAUUAUAAUUUUAAAAGUAUUCGGGUUUGGAGGAUAAACAAAGGGCCAUCCUACCUCCAAAUCCAAAGGUAGGUCCUUCCUCACUUUGGCUGGGACCAUGUUGCGAUUCAGAUCAACAGAAAUGGUAUCAAAGGAUGGUUGGGACAGGCUCUGGUCUAGGCACAUUGUAAUGAUAGCUGAGUAUGUCUGUAUUCUUGUCUUCAUUUCCUUGUGCUUCUUCUCUGUUCUAGGCCCUGUAUCCUCUCUCCAAGCCCCAGGAAAUCUCCCUUCUCCUUGCUUCCCCAGUGGGGCCCUAUUGUGUAAUCUUUCUCAGAGGUACUUGCAUUUUGAAAGAAAAACUUGACAAGUACUUUGUUAAUUCACAGGUGAAAUGAUUAACAAUAGAGCUUCAAGCAUCUGGAGGGGGUAUGUGAGAGGGUACAUGAACUCAUUUGCACUUAGAAGAACAACCACAGAACUGUGCUAUUUGUUGUUAUGUUAGCAAGUUGUUAUGUUAGAAUUUCCAGCAUAAAGGCAGGGCAGGAGAGAAGGUCUUGUUUCUAGAGGACGAUUUCAUGCAUAAAAUGCUGCUGUUUAACCCUCUUGGAUGUCAAGCUCUACACACACAGGAAACCUAAGGACUUUAUGCACCCUGAUGUUGGACAUCUAGUACAGUGGGGCUAUUUCCAAAUUGCUGUUUCUUUCACCUCACCACUACAGUUAGGAACCCAGGAGCCUCUUCAGCUAGCUGGCCACUCUGUGUAUUUACUGUAUAUUUAUUGUACACUAAACACUCAACUCUUUGAAGAAGAAACUCCUGAUGAAUAGAUGUCAUUGCAAUGAGACAUUUGGAGAGCACCCAGAAUAUUUUCUUACAUUCAGGAAAACAUUCAGCUUUGGUGAAUCUGGGAGAGAAGUCUGCAACGGAAUGAAGGCAUGCUUUUAAUUGGGUGCUAUGAUCCCACGAGACACUGGAAAGGAUUAUGAUUUCAGAGCUCUGUCCUGACUCUGGAGUUGAAGUUGAUGAAAUGAGAAUUUCCUUCCAAAUGUUCUUCCCUCUCUGAGGAAGGUUUGGAACUUUGUUUUGUGUGAUGGGGAUGAGGUUGGGGUUAAAGGUCUGAUGUGUACUGUUCACACAGCUCCUGAUUUCAGAUAAAACAUGACUUCUCCAUCUCCUCUCCCAACAUCUUGAAGCUGGACUUCCAUACUUAAGUGAGGCGAGGCUAUUGUUUGUCUGCCAUCUUUCCAGAUGGAGUUCUUCCUCUGAAAGCUAGCCAGCCAUAUGUUCUGUUUUUGGAUAUUUGCUAUUGGUUCCACCUCACAUCUCUCUUCCUAGGAAGCACUGCGGUGCUGGUAGUGCUGCUGAGGCCAUGUUCAUUUUAUCCUCAUGUGUCCUUUCUCAUGGGGACUAGAACACUGGCAUGUCAUCACCAAAAAGCCAAUUUUCUCUAGCUACCCACAGAUGCCAUCCAAUACCUGCUGUUUCUCUGUUUCCAGGUACGAUUUUUUUCUUUUGACAGUGACCACAACAAAGUAUUUUUCAAGUAUAUCAUAUAGCAGGUGAGUUUCUUGCUCCUCUGCCACCUCCACCCACCCUUCUUCUGGUGGUCACAACUGCUUGUGAAUGCAACAUUGCCAGUGGCAUAUCUGAACUUUAGUCAUAGCGAUGAAAUGGAUGAAAUGGCCAAGAUUAGAAGCAGCUUGACGCCACUUGGAUACUGAUUUGUAUAGCAUAGAAGUUGGACUCUGAAUUCCAAAGUUAUUUCUCUUAAGUACCCAAUGGCAUCUCUCCAUCUAAAGAAGUUGCAGUAUUAUGCAAAUCAAAGUGACCUCAUUCUCUGCUAUGCAAUAAGAAUAUUUCAUUCUAUUUCAUGACAAACCAGUUGCAAUAUCCCCGAAGAUGCUUUUUGAGCUGUCUUACUUUGAUAUGUGUUGUGUAAUGUUUGUAUAUUCCUGAGCCAGAUCCUUUCAGAUUGCCUUUUUAUAAAACUGAAGCUAUAGCUUUCAGGCUAAAAUUUUAAUGUAGAUAUUUUUAUAAGGUAAUUUUUCUGGGAUAUUUUAAUUGCUUUUUAUUAUCCAUGAUAAUGAAAUGUUAUGUUCUAUAUUUCUUUCCCUCUCAAACAUAAUUCAUGCCUAUUGCUCUCUCCCCUUUGUUUCUAGCUUUUCCUAAAUUGAUUUCUUCAUAGCUCCAGGUAGACUUUCUAUUUGACUUGAAGUCUUCUUUCUUGUGCUACAUCUAAGGGAAAUGGCUGAAUUAAACACACAAACAAACAAACAAACAAACAUAAAAAGACUUGAAUUACACAGGGGCUAACAUGAAAUUUGACUUAGCACUUACCUUUCUAUAGAGACUGUCUGCUUUGAGGGGACUCUGCUAGUUAGCCCAUCUCUUGAGCCUAGAAUGCUGAGGCGUGGAGAAGCUUCAGAGAAAAGGCAUUCUCCUCUGGCAUAUAUUCCUAGGACUUUCUGAAGUCCAGCAGACUAGUCUUCUGUCCUUCUGAGUUUUAUUCUUACACAGCUUCCAACAGCUUAAGAUCUUUGCUAUUGGAUAAUGUUCCUUUUGGGAACAUCUUGUCUCUGAACUUUACAAGGGGUCUCUUCUCACGAUCCCCAUUAAGAAUGUGUUAAACCUGUUUUGCAGAAGCUCAUACUACACUUAUAAAUGAAUUGAUUUUUGAGCUGUAUUUAUCUGCAAUUAGCUUCAUUUAAAAAAUGUUGUUUUUUUUUUUAAUUAUUGGGACAGAUGCCAUUUGAAUUGCCUCCGUGCUCCCUCCUUGCACCUUGAUGGAUCAGGUUGGGAGGUCUAGCAAACUCAUAUUCCAGUUAGCUGGAGUUUUUGGGCUUGCUUUGUCCCAAGAAGCAAGGAGGUUGGAAUGUAUUUUUUAAAGUAUUUGCACUAUUUAGAAUCUUGAGCCCCUGUUCUACUGUGCUUUGUAUCUACUGAUAAAGUAGGAGAACUGGCAGCACUUCUAACAUUUGGAAGUGUAAGGGGGCAUCUUUCAUAGUGGAUAACCACAACCUGUAGCCCCAUGAAACUUGUCAGGGCACUCAGUGACAUGUGGAUGCAGCAUCAGCCAAGGCCAGAACAUGUGUGACUGUGGCAUUAGGAGAAACAAAUUGCCCUAGUGCUAUGCUCUUGCCUUGAUUAUGAGAUUCCAUAUUAUUUCCCCUCUUUUCAGGGGCAAUAGUAGACCACUGUUGAACUUGUUUAGCUUGCAUGUGAUGUGUAAAAUCCAUAGAGAAAGCUCAAGACACUGAAUGUGUAUAUCUGUGUGGGUGCUUUGUCCAGUGGUUGUUCUCAGGCAGGCAGAUUUGAUCACUGAUACCCCAUACAUGCAACACAUUGAUCUGGGAUUUUCUGCUUGGAUGUAAGGGACCACAUAGCUUCUAAAAGAAUACUUGUCACAUGCUUGAUCAGUUACAGUGGUAGGUGAGGAAACAGUUCUUCAAAUGUAUUAUUUUAACAGGACUCAUGUUCUAUUUUCUCAUACUUUGUUACUUUAAUUUUAAUAAAAGCUGGACUGUGAAAACCUU